AUGCGUUUCAUCGUUCUUCUCGCCGUUCUUUGUGUGGCCGGUGUAAUUGGGAAGCCGUUUGAGUUGGGCUGGUUCAAAGAUGAGUAUAUUCGAACGAAGGUGUUCCCGAUUGCUGCGGCCGCUUACAGUGAAACGCCAGAAGAUUGUGUUAAGAACACGUUUCCUAAUGGCACGGUAAGGUUGGAGCUUUUUAGGGCUUUGAAAAGGUUAGGGUAGUGUUGAGAGCUUCAGAGAGGGAGUAUGAGAGCGGAGGAGUAGGUAGUAAGGCUGGGGCUUAGAAAAGGUUAAGAUAAAAAUCAAGGCUUGAGGGAAAUGGAAGCGGUAAGAGGUGUAGGUAAUGAUACUGGUAAGGACAGGGCAAAUUGUUAGAUAAUGAGAGAAGGGCGGGGGUAAAUUUUUUAAGAAGAAAGCGGGGGUAAAUUUUAAUAAAAAAGCCGGAGUAAAAUUUAUAAUUAGCAAUGAGUACAAAACAAAAAAUAGCAAGAACUUUCUUUACAAGCAAAAAAAGAAGAACAUUGUUUAAAAAUUAUUUUAGGUAUUAGAAAAGGUACGACGACUAUGUGGUGAUGGUUAUGUUGAGCCAGAGCUGUGUUUUGCUUUUAUUGGCGUAGAUCAUACUGAAAAAGUCAUUUUUAUGUCUUUUAGGUAACAUUUUUUGAUUUUUUGUUUUUUUUUCUACCCUACCCUACUCUAUCCUACCCUGCCUUACCCUACCCUACCUUACCUUACCCUACCCUACCUUACCUUACCCUACCCUACCCUACCCUACCCUACUCUCUCUUCUCCUUCUUUCUACCCACCGCCCCCCCCAACUUAAUUCUAUCCCUUCUUUUUUAUUUUUUCUUUCCCCCCCCCCCUCGCUCCACUCUAAUUUUUUUAAAAUUCAAAUAUGUAUUACAGAGGUACCCGCGGCCUAAUCCAACUAGCCUACGAAGCUCGUCGUACGGUCUUCAAAAACAGAAUCCAAGUAGAAACUGGAGGUACAGUCAGUGAAUACUUCUACAGUGUUUACCGGUCGAUUUUGGAUACCGGAAUUUCGGCCGAAUUCAUCAAACUGUUUGCUCAGAAUCCACAUUAUGAAGUAUUAGUCACUGGACACUCAUUGGGCGGUGCUAUGGCUUCUAUCGCGGCUAUGGACUUGGUACACAUGGCUAAGGUACCAUCGGAACAAGUGAAGCUGGUGACGUUUGGACAGCCUCGUACUGGUGAUCAGAAGUUUGCUGAGGAUCAUGAUCGAUUGGUAAGAUAGCCUGCCUUACCGUGGGCAGCCUUACCCUGCCUUCCUCUGGCCUUGCCCUGGCCUUGUCUUACCAUACCCUACACUAACCUAAUCAAUGCUCACUAUCACACGCAUUUCAGAUCCCCCACACCUACCGUAUAACUCACGGUCGUGACAUAGUACCACACGUACCACCAGUCGGCUUCGAAGGUUACAAUCAUCACACUUCCGAGGUAUGGUACAACAAUAAUAUGUUACCAGGUGAUGAUUACAUUGUAUGUGAGGAACAAGAAGAUUACAAGUGUAGUAACAGUAACUACUUGAAUUACUCCAUCCUAGCCCAUCUUUACUACUACAACUUGAUGGUGUCUGAUUACGGUAUGAAGGGGUGUCCGGCUAGUUGA